UGCAUAUGUCUUUAUGAUUGUAUGAGUUGCAAGAUUUGACAGAUUGUUGUUCUUUCGUGUUUGCAAUGAACGUUUAAAAAUAAAGAAAUUGUGAAAUUAGUCUUUUUGAAGUGAUAAUCUCUUCAACGUAUCAUAAUGGAUACCGAUGCACGUGCAGAAUUAUAUGAAAAUUGGAAGAAGCGAGCUUUUGUAGGUCCUCUUCCACAAGGCUUCUUGAAAUUAGAAGAUCGCAAUGCACAACAACAACAAGAAGCAGCCGAUCAACAGGCUGCAUUGGCUUUGCAACAAUUGCAAAUGCAAAGUAAUCCGAUGUUACAUGAUCCACGUAUGGGCAAACUUAGUAUAACAAUUGCCCAGGCGAAAUUAGUCAAAAAUUAUGGUAUGACCAGAAUGGAUCCAUAUGUUAGGUUAAGAGUUGGUCAUUCAAUUUAUGAAACUCAUACAGAUUCAAAUGGAGGUAAAAAUCCACGUUGGAAUAAAGUCAUACAAUGUUUUUUACCGCCAGGAGUUACACAAAUAUAUAUAGAGAUAUACGAUGAAUGCUCUUUUGUAAUGGAUGAGUUAAUUGCAUGGGGUCAUAUAGAUAUACCACCUAAAGUUCUUCAAGGAGGUGAAACGCAUGAAGAUUGGUAUACGCUCAGUGGGAAACAAGGCGAUAAUUUGGAAGGCAUGAUCAAUUUAGUUUUCAGUUACACGGCUAAAUGUCAUCCAUAUAUGCCUGGACCUUCAGUAAUGAUGGUACCUUCUGCAAAAAUGUUUGGUAUGACAUCAUAUACACCUGUAUAUACCACACCUCAACCAAUAUCAGCAGUUGCAACACCACCUGUUAUACCAAGUAUGUUACCAAAUGCUGAAGUUGAAUUGAAACAGCUUGCAGAAAUGUUUCCAAAUAUUGAUAAAGAAGUUAUUAAAUCAGUAUAUGAUGUUAAUCAUGGAAAAAAGGAUAUAACUAUAAAUUCACUACUUCAGAUGUGUGAAUGAAUUUAACAAUAUUCUAAACAAAAGUAUUCUAUGAAAUAUAGACUAUAUAGACUUAUAUAGACUAUACUGAAUCAAUGACUGUAUCGAUGAAAACGAAAGGAUAUAAAGCAGAUAUCUGCUAAUAUAAUGAUUAUACAUUUAUUGAUUACUUUAACAAAAAUUGUAGAAUGAAAGAGUGAUACAGGCUUUGCAUGAUUUCAUUAUGCACAUUUUAAAGACCAGAAAAGUUAUAUGAUGUGAUACAUUUGCCUUCUUCUGCCUUUGCUAAUGUGUCAUUAUAAGAUUUUUCAAAGCAUCAUAAAUUAAUUUGAAACUAACUGUUUCAAUAUUUCUAUCUAUAUUCUUUUGUGUAAUAUAUUUCUUGUAAAUUUAAUAUAUUCAUAAAUGAGUAAUAUUUAUUUUAUUCUUAUUCAUACAAUAAAUCAUUGUAUAGAUACUGCUAAGAAAUAUGUAAUUAAAUAUUAAUGUAUUAUGAUAAUGUAGUAAAAUGAUGAUUACAAUUGAAUAUUGCAUUUAACAGUUGCAGAAGAAGAUGUACAAAAAUUAAAAAUAAUGUUAUAUUAACUUCUUGAAAUAGUAUCUUUAUAAAAUUGUUUUAGGUAUUACUGUCUCCAAGAAUUAAGAUUUUUUAUAUAAUUUCAAUAUAUAUAUUUUUCAAUUAGUAAUAUAAUACUUAUAGAUCUAUUAUUUAAUAAUCUCAGUAAUUAUUAAAUAUUAUUAAAUAUAUAUUAUUAUAAAUAUUAAUUGCCAUAAAAUAACAUGAUACAUUUUUAUGAUGAAGUUAUUAUCUGAAGAUUUCACUUAAAAACAAUUAGUGAAGCUUAUGAGAACAAUUUGUAAGCUAACUUUCUACAUAAACCGAUUGAAAUACUGAAAAAAAAAAUGAUCUUGUAUUUAGAGGUUUAUACAAACUAUAAAAAUGUAUUUUCUUAGAAAUAUAUAUUAUAUAAUUUUAAUUAUAUACAUUUUUAAUUGUACUAAAGCAGUAAUUAACUCAUUCAUUAAAUUUAAGUAUUAAUUAAAAACAAAAAAUGAACGAUUACUUAUGUUCAUAAUUAUAAAAUUUUACAUUCUAAGCCGUCUGCUAUUAUUAUUUUAAGUUGAAUCUUUGACAAUCAUACAAUAAAAUUUUAUUAUAUUAUCAUUUAAUAAAUAAAUAAUUCAUGUACAUUCCGUUUAGAAAAAAAAUAUAUAUGCAAAAUUUGUGUGUGCUUUUUUAAUAUGUUCUGUAUUACCAGACGGAAUAUGAACGCAACUUAUUGUUAAAAGAAGUCUAGAUAAGAAAAAUGAAUUAAGACUAGAGCAACUUACAGAACAUUCUAAAUGAAAAGAAUAUACCUGCUGGUAUAAAAGUUCUGAGUCAUGGAAAACUAACGACUCUAAAAGUGUUGUCCAAAAGAUACUAUACAAGCACUUAAAAAAAUCAAGAUUUUCAAUAUAAAGCGUAUCCUGAUAUCAUUAUAUAGAGAUAAAAGAAGAAAAACCAAAUCAAGAAUGGGACUCAUAAGAAUUUAUCAGCAAUGAAUACUUUGACCAAAGUAUUCGUUUCAUUUGUAUGAAAUUCAUAUCUCAUAUUUUAUAAGCAUUUGCUUAUAAAAUUAUUCAGAUAUUUGGAAAUAUUUUGAGACAGAUCAUCCUACUCAUGAAAGAGAAAAAAACUACUAAACAUCCCUUUAAACUCGAAAACAUUGACUAUUUCAAAAAUAGUUGCUUCAUUCCCAAAUAUGAAUGUAAAUUCACGAAUAUAAAUUUGAUCUUUUGAAGGUUGCAGAGUUCUAGUAAUGACGUUAGAAGAUCAGUUAAAACCAAAUGCUAUUUGAUUUAGAUUCUUUUCAGUCCCUAUGAUAGCUUCUAUAAUGUCAUCAGGAUCAACAGUUAUUGGCUCAGUUACUACUGACAGCAAUAAAAAAAAUUGAAGAAUGCAAAAAGAAACACUCUCAAUCCUAUCUACAAGUUUCACAAAUGUGAAGCUCUCAAAAUGCCUUACAUAAACCACCAUAACAGAAAAAUAGACUCUAACUUAUUUGGUUGUCAUUGCAGUCACUAGAAAAAAAGCGUAGAACUAUCAAACAGGAAAGAAACACAAAUGAUCGGAAUUUAAAGAAAAUUCUCGAAUUGUUUUGUCUCAGUAUUUGAAAUCCUUACACCGAUGACGACUAAAGCUAUUCUUUAAACGGAUUAUGCUAUUUUUAAUAAUUGUCGAAUGCAAAAUCUAAUAUAUCAAAGACUUCCAUAUGUAUAUAUAUAUAAUAUAUAUACUAUAUAUAUAUAUAUAAAUUAGAAAAUAUAAUAUUAAGACAAUGCACUUCCACUUUUUAACAACUAUGUAAUAAUAACCGAAAUAUCACCUUGAUCUAAUUAACAUAUAUUACUAAAUUUUUAUACAGAUUAAUUAAUAUUAUAUCGAUAUAUUAUAUCAAUAUAUUAUAUUAAAUGAAUAUAUUAUAAGUAUAAGAAAGAUUCAUAUGUAACAAAACUAAUUAAGCAUAUUUAGGAAUGUUAAUUUUUAAUAAAAUGUUCAUUGUUCUCCUA